AUGUACCUUUAUCAUACCGUAUUUAUACCGUACUUUGUUAAUACCGUACCUCUUGGUACCGUACCUUAUCACCGUAUACCGUGGUACCGUAUCUUUAUCACUGUACCUCUUGGUGUACCUUUGUUAUCGCCUUUUUAUCUAUUUUGGUACCGUACUCCUAUCACCGUUUUAACAAAAGAUAUGGUACCAAAAGGCGCGGUAACAAGAGGUUCGGUACUAAGAGGUACGGUAACAAGAGGUACACAACAAAGUACGGUACCAAGAGGUACAGUGAUAAGAGGUACGGUACCAAGAGAUACAGUGAUAAAAGUACGGUAA